ACCUAUUCUCAUCAAUUCAUCACAGUCCUUCAUCUUUUUCAAGCCUUUUCUUAUCUUUUAUUGUUUCCGCCCUUUAUGAUCAACACCUGUCUGCCCCUGUCUGCGCUUCCCGCCCUUUUGUACUGUCCGAAUAUCGAACCCGUAUCAGUUUACCACUCUUUACCGCCCCCAGCCGGCUACAUGCAUAUAGGCACAAACCGCAUUUUCAAAGCCUUCAUGCCGUUUUGCGUAUCUUCAAGGCGUGGGUUUCAAGCGACCCUUACGCCCACAAACCGAAUCACUUCAAAUUCAAUAACAGUUACUAAUCCUAUUUGCAAUCGAUAUAUGAAGUUCAUCUAAAUUUUGAGAAAGAUGGAAUAUGUGUAGAAGGAAACCAAAUUAUGAAAUCGACUAACACCUUUUGACGGAAGAUAUCGUUUGAUCUCAAGAUGGACUUCUUGUUGGUCUAACUUGUGAUUUAUCUUCAAUGGCUUGUAGAAUCGGUCAAAUAUGCGCCAUUCCCAGUUCAAGUGAUGAUGUUCGAACAGUUCAAAUCGAAAUGAAGAAUCAGUCUCGCUGACUCGCUUCACUGCUUACUUUGAAUCUCAAGAGU